CAGCCGUACUACGGGUCUCGGUGCCAAACGUGUGCGUCACUUCGUCCGGUCGACGUGAGCGCGUAACCCCCAUCGAGUGCCACUCGCGGUCUAGCGCUGGGGUGUCAAACUCAAAUUCGCAGAGGGCCAAAAUUUGAAAGUGGACAAAGCUGCGGGCCAAAUCUGAACAAAUCAACCUUUUAAUAUGGAACCAAACACGUGUCUAAUACUUAUAAGACCGGCAGGCCAGCUCUAAUAUUCAUUUUUAAUUGCCUCAUGGGCCAAAUAGUUUGACACCUGCGGUCUAGCGUCGUACCCCCUGCCGGGGCCCGCGGGCGAGAGGCCCCGUAGCUCGGCGGUUCGAGCCCAGGGGUUGUGGGUUCGUAUCCCACUGGGGGCUCCGCUCCCCGAGAAGGCUUGCGUCAGGGAGGGCGUCCGGUGUGAAAAUUGUGCCAAACGUCAUCUGAGAUGACACGCUGCGGCGACCCCGAAAGGGACAAGCCGAAAGAAGAAGAAUUGCCUCACGGGCCAAAUAGUUUGACACCUGCGGUCUAGCGUCGUACCCCCUGCCGGGGCCCGCGGGCGAGAGGCCCCGUAGCUCGGCGGUUCGAGCCCAGGGGUUGUGGGUUCGUAUCCCACUGGGGGCUCCGCUCCCCGAGAAGGCUUGCGUCAGGGAGGGCGUCCGGCGUGAAAAUUGUGCCAAACGUCAUCUGAGAUGCCACGCUGCGGCGACCCCGAAAGGGACAAGCCGAAAGAAGAAGAAUUGCCUCACGGGCCAAAUAGUUUGACACCUGCGGUCUAGCGUCGUACCCCCUGCCGGGCCCUCCCCGAAAAUCGACUGACGUAGUGUGGGCGAGCCGGGGCCCGCGGGCCACCUCCGGCCCGUCGACCCUUUCGAGCCGGCCCUCCGAAGAGCGGCACAGAGUUGGCGACCGCAUUCAUUGCGGCUCGUGUGGAACGGCAAACGGUUCCACCGGGUUGCGUUGCGACGCCGACGGUUCUACCGGGCGAUCGGACCAAUUGAUGUGCCUUUGAGCCAGUUGAGUCGACUGCGGCUGUUCCGCUUCACCUCCGAAUACGUCCGCAAUGCCCAACUGUCAUUCUGCCACUUGAGGAAAAAGACGAAUGAGUGAUCCCAACACAAGAACCAGACCACAGUUGACGUUCGGGGCCGGCAACCUCCUCAGGGUCGGCGUCAUCGUGCAGAGGACGUCGCUCAUCCUUCUCCUGACGUGUUUCCCGUGCUGGGCGCUGCUCGUCAACACCGAGUCCAUCCUGCUGCUUUUGGGACAACAGCCGGAGGUCGCCAGGUUGUCUCAGUUGUACGUGAAGAUCUUCAUGCCGGCGCUUCCCGCCACGUUCAUGUACCAACUGCAAUCGGGAUACUUGCAAAACCAGGGCGUCAUCUGGCCACAAGUGAUGACGGGCGUCGCGGCCAACCUCCUCAACGUCUACGUGAACUACGUUGUGGUCUUUGUGUUCCACACGGGAGUCGUAGGUUCCGCUCUUGCCAACGUCGUGUCGCAGUUUUCCAUGGCCGGCAUCCUGUUCGCGUACAUCUUGUGGAAGGGUCUCCACAAGCGUACCUGGGGAGGUUGGUCCCGAGAUUGCCUGGAGGGGUGGGGGCCCUUCAUCCGCUUGGCCCUCCCCAGCCUGCUGAUGAUGUGCGUGGAGUGGUGGACUUUUGAGAUUUCCGUCUUCCUCGCAGGUCUCAUUAGCGAGGCAGAACUCGGAGCUCAGUCAAUCGUCUAUCAACUCUCCAACUGUGCUUACAUGUUUCCUUUGGGUUUCAGCCAGGCGGGCGCCGUCCGGGUGGGAAACGCCCUGGGGGCCGGCGACACCCAGCUGGCCAAGCUGGCCGCCAAACUGGCAAUCUUCUGUGCAGCGUUGGUGUCUUUAUGCCUGGCGAUCGUCAUCGGGAGCCUGCGGCACCAAAUUGCUUUUGUCUUCACGUAUGACGAACAAAUCCGUGUGAGGGUCGCCGAGGUGCUGAUGUUCUACGCUCCGUUCAUCCUGAUGGAGGCCAUUUUAGCGGCCACCGGAGGGAUCGUCAGAGGAACGGGCAAGCAAAAAAUCGGGGCGCUGUGCAAUAUUCUGGGUUAUUACGGACUGUGUCUACCGCUCGGAGUGCCGCUGAUGUUUAAAACCAAAUUAGGGAUCAAAGGUCUGUGGACAGGCUUCUGUGCCUCUGCGUCUGUGCAGUGCUGCUUUCUGGUGAUCUACCUGGCAAAGAUGAACUGGGACAAAGUUACACUUGAGGCUCAGAUGAGAGCUGGUGUUGCCGGGAGUUCAGAGGACCCCCAACAAGAAAGCGACAGUUACGAGCUGCUGGUACUUAAGGAGGAGGAAGAUCAAGAAGAAGAAGAAGAAGAAGAGGCGGCGCCGGCGGCGGCGGUGAGAGCUCCGGACCAGUAUCUGGUGCGUCGCGGUCUCGUUGUUGCGCUCAUGCUCGCCGUCACGGUCGCCGGGAUUGUGGCCGACCGGCUGCUGACCAAGCGGCUCAAUUAAUCCGUUUGCCAAGAUAUUCAUAAUAUUUGAACUUCAUUAAAGUGUUCCGAGACGGGCAAAAAAAAAAAAAAAAAAAAAGAAAAAGGUGAAUAAGUACUUAGUACAAUUCAUAUUUGAGUUGGAUAUCAAGAUUUGCAUCCGGAAAUGACUCCAUCAGACGAUAGUCCACACCAGUGAUGAAAUUGAUAUGUGAGGGGGCACACUUAUGAGUGGUUCGUGACUCUUCUAAUAUAAAAUCAAAACUGUUUUUUUAGGAAGAAAAUUGAUUUUUUUUUUUUUUUCCUUUUCUUCCUUGGAUCAUAAAGUUCUUCUCACUCUGACUGAUCUUUCCAACUCUAAUUUAGAAGAAUCUUUAACUCGUGUGGCUGCAAUCAUUUAUCGUCAAAAAAUCAAAUAUUUCUACACAUCUUUUGUAAAUUAACACCAAUCUGAAAAAAGAUAAAGCAUCCUUUUAUUUUCUU